AUGGCUAACAAAGUCGCCGUCUCCUUUGGAGUAGUCAUGGCCGUUUUUGUUGCUCUCGCUCUCACUCUCUGGGGCUUGUCUGCUAUCAAGCACGCUCGCCACGAUACUGCCUCUCAUAACCAACAACACCAUGCAAAGCUAGAUGACUGGACCGCCCGUAUGCGCAGAAAGACUUGGAGAAACACUCACGUUGACCGUGAUGUGGAGAUGCAAGUUCUCCCUGAGCUUCCUCGUCUUCCUGAGAAUGUCAUCGUUCGUUCUGGUCCUGCUAGGGUGUCCCGAAUGGGUAGACUCUAUCCUGCUAAUGCGAAUCAGAGGGUGCAAUUUUGUGAUGUUCCGUUGACGCCUGUACAGGGUCAGCGUGGUGUCACUCCUGCUGGCUUCUUCUAG